UCACCAGUUGCAACUAGCAAAUCAUUAGCCCAACUUCUACUUAUCUCCUGCACAUUCCCAGCCCAUCAAAAUGUUCAAAAUUCUGUUUGUGCUUGCCGCCCUCGCUGCUGCUCAGGUUCACGCCUAUCCCGGCGUCGUGGCCGUGCAUCCCGUUGUGGCGCACCCCGUUGUGGCGCAUCCCGCUGUGGUGCACUCGCCCAUCAUCCAUCAUGGCGCCCACUCGGUGCACUCACACGUCGUGCACCAUCCGGCAUCCGUGAAGGUCGUCACCCCGAUUGUCGCUAAGCCUGUGGUGGCUGUGCAUGCCAUCAAGCCGCUGGUGCCACUAGUGCCCGUGCACCAUGCCGCACCCGCUCUGGUCGUGCAUCAUUAACUGCACCCAACUGCCCCUGAACCUUUGCCCACAGCCCACAGCCCAUCCCCAUCCACGCCCACUCCUGGCCCACCCCCACCCAACAGCCAAGAUUAUCCCCCAAUAAAAGUUCACAGCCACGUAA